UGUUUGUGCAAGAUAAAGCCAAGGGUCAGUGUGACAAAUUGCAUGAACCUUUGCAUGCAUACGUCCGGUGGCAAUUUUUUAUUUUACAUCUACUUCCUCAAACGGCUGUGCAUUAUGAGCUGCAGUUCUACACCACGGUUUAAGCAGUGUCGGUAGGAUACGUAGACGGCCGACAGUCUUGAAAGGGGACGUUGACUCGUAGGCCCCUAGCCUACUUCUUCCUGCAUGGACAAAACUUCCUCAACAGCGGGGAAGGCCAAGACGAAGUACAAAGUGUUUGUCAUUACAACGCCUACACACCGGUUCCGAUCCUCACCAUAAGCGUGAAAUUCGGCUUUCCGUUACCGUGAUUCUCACAAUGCAGUCAACAUUGAGUGAGGUCAAAUUGAGGCAUUUGGCCUCAAAUCUUGGCAAGGAAUGGACAGCUUUAGCCACCUAUUUGGGAGUCAGAAGUGAUGAGGUCGACCGGAUUAAAGCUGACUACCUGGGCUCAGAGGAGCAGAUAUUCCAGAUGCUGAUGAUUUGGUGGCAGCGGUGGGAUCAUUCAAAUCGCAGUGGAGAUGGCGGUGCUCUUUCUUUCCUACAGGAAAGCUUCGUCAAGAUUGGAAGAUCAGAUCUAGCACAAUCUAUAUCUGAUUCCAUGGGACCUCCGUCGGAUUGGAACUUUGAAGUUUACCGAAACGAGUUCAUCAGAUACUACAAAGAUGCAAUGGGUGUGGUUCCAUUGCUCCCUUGGCUUGCAUCAGAGGUCAGCAAGAUUAACGACAUGUACGUAAAACUCAAAUACAACGAGAAAGACAGCAAGGCUGGUAGAGUGGUAAAACGUUACAUUGGCUCUUACGAAGACAUGCUGAGAUUGGAAUUCCAUGAUGGCCAGCCAGUCCGAUUUAUCCUGCUUUCUGGCAUUGCUGGUAGCGGCAAGACCACCAUCGUGUCAAAGAUUGCAACCGACUGGGCUCUUCAAACUCCAGGAUCAACUUUGUCCAAAUUCAGUCUUUUGGUCGCCCUGAGCAUGCGUGAAUUGAAGAGGGCCCCAGAUCUGACUGAAGCAGUAUUUGAUCAGAUUCUUGCAAAAGAUACGAACGUGAAUCCCGUAGCCCUGAAAGAUCACUUGAGGUCACAUGCUGAAGAGGUUCUUGUCGUUUUGGAUGGCGCUGAUGAGUUUGAUAAAGAGGGGUCUCAGCUACCAACUGAAGGUGACAUCAUUGACAUCAUCAGCAACAAGGUUCUUCGUGGAUGUACCGUCAUUGUCACAACACGUCCCCACAUGGUGGACAAGUUGUGCAAGCUCAAUCCUUGCUUCACUCGCAUCGAGGCCUGUGGUUUCUCAGAGGAAGGAGUGAAGGAAUACAUUGAGAAGUUUUUCCAAGGAGAGGACCCUCAGAUUGCCACCGAUUUGUAUCGGUAUUUGGUCGUAUCUGAGAGCCUCCGUAAUUUGGCAAAAAUACCGAUGAUGCUGCUGUUGAUGUGUCUUGUCUGGUCAGAGGGACAUAAGCUUCACGAGACAUUAACAGAACUGUUUACAGAUGCUAUGUUCUUCAUCCUGAAACGUCACUUCCAGACAACUGAUAAUCUCGGCAUUUCUGGCGAUGAAGACUUGUUUUGGAAUGAGUUGAAAGAUACUGUAAAAGAAUUAGGCAAAGCAGCUCUAGAUGGUCUGAUGCUCCCUGGACAGAAAUUGGUGUUUGAUGUCUCGGAUUUUGGAAAUCCUGCGGUGGUUGAUCAAGCAUGUAAGAUAGGGAUACUGUCACAGGAGCGAGUGAGAAGUAAGUUGCGUUCGGUGCAGUGUGUUACUUUCAUCCACAAAACCUUCCAAGAGGCGAUUGCUGGGUUUUAUUGGGCCACGCUUGCCGAGUCUAAUGUGGAUUUGUUUAACCAUUACCUCAGUCUGAUUCCAGACGACUGGUUAGCUUCCACCCUGGAGUACGUAUUUCGGUUUUGUUGUGGCGCAAAUACAGAAGCAGCAAGACUUCUACUCAGCCACGUUGUUUCUUCUUUCAACUGGGACAACUCAAAAAGUUGGAGAUUUCAUGAUUUCAAGAAGGUCGGCAUUUUGGAUUUCGAUAUUGCGAUGAGGCUGCAUGACGAUAUUAAAUUUUGUCCACAAAUUAACCUCUGCUUUUUGAUGCACUUGGAGGCGCAUGGCAAAGAAUUACACAGCCUCAUGAUGCCAGUCUUCAAGAGAGGUUUAUCAUUCGACUUGAAAUGCUCCAAAGACGUCGGGUUGGCGUUUGGGUUUUUGAUCGAGUGUGCCUCCGUUUCAAACCCGUCGUUUCUUACAGGGUUGACAAAGAUUAAUGUGGAGAGCAUCGACAAAGAUGGCUCAGCUGUAGUCACUAGGAUUUUGAAGCAUGCAGUGAUUGCGACAGAUGUCGAUUUAGAGUUUGAUGCAGCCUCUUUUAAGAAAAACAAAGGUGUUGAUUCUAGUUGGCAGGUUUCCCUUGGCGAUGCCCUUGGUUCGAUGCAGUCUCUGAAAACUCUUUCUUUGUAUUGCCGUCCUUUCCCAGUCAAUAUGGAUUUGUCUGUCAUGUUCAGAUGCCUUGCACAAACCGCUGUCAUGAAACUGGAGUGUUUUGCAUUACAGGGGUUUAAGGUUGAUCCGAGUUGUUUGAAACAGUUCCUUGAACAGCAAGACAGACUUUGUCAACUCGGUCUGAGCACUCGAAGUCUUGUUCACCUCGAGAACAAUGAUCACUUUUGGAGCGCAGUCUUCGCAGGCCUUGAGACACAGUCUUUACGGGUAUUGGAGGUCAGUUACUCGAAACACACAGGUUCUCAAACAAUACACCUUGAUCGGAAAUACCCGAAUCUGGAGGUAUUGAAGCUUAGUGAAGACGGUCUUCAGCAAGAAGAUCUCCAACAGGUCGUUUGCGUUAUCCCAAAAGCUCCUCGACUCCAAGAGCUGGAUUUAUCAGGAAACAGAAUUAGAGACGUCUUUCCUAGCCUCGUUGAGCAGCUACCAAUACUCAAUCACCUAGAGGUGUUGAACCUGAACGAUACGGACUUGCUGUCAGACCAAGUAGUCCUUCUAGCGAGGGAUGUCCUGUCAACCUUGCCAAAUCUACGAGUCCUUUCACUUUCACGUUCAUACCAUCACUAUGCUACUUCUAUAACUCCAGAUGCUCUACUGUCAGUUGUGUGGUGGUCGUGUAAUUCAUCGUCUCUUGAAGAGCUUGAUAUGAAGGGAUGUGUUGCAACCAUUCCCCACAGAAACAAACCACAAUCAGGAGAUGAAUCAGGUGAAGAUCUUCCCACACCAACCUACAGUCGGCCUCCUGGAGAGUGCUCGCUAAAGACCUUAGAUGUUCAUAGAAACUAUCUCGGCAAGCUCACUCCACAGUUCAUAAGACUCUUGAAGCAUAUGCCUGCUUUGAAGAUCUUAAACAUGAACGCCAUGGAUUUGACUGAUUCUGAUGCAAUCUAUCUUGCGGAGGUCCUUCCAAGUUGUCCACAGUUGCAGGAAUUGAUGUUAGAGGGGAACGAUGCAACUUUAGGAAAGGAUGGAAUUGAAGCACUCUAUAAGGCCGUGCAAAAACUACCAAACUUAAAGCAUCUAUAUCUAGAUGUUUCAGUGUAAAACAUUAACACGAAGAGAUACUCACUAGCGAGUGAUCCUAUUUGAUUGAAUGACAGACUUUAUCCCAAGAUCGUCGUGUUUGUCUCUUCAAACAGGGCACUAAGUCACUUAGGAACAAGAUGUCAGGUUGAAUAUACUGUAUGGCGUAUAAUCAAGACAUGCAGAGUAGUAUAGGCUAACAGCCUGCAGAUUAAGCAAUGUAUAAGAACAAGCUCCAACAUCAGUUACCUGGCAUUAAUCGUCUGAAUCUGUACAAGUAUUUUUUCACUGCUGAGAAAAAAACUACUAGAUUGUUCGGCUUUUCAGGAAUUUGACAAGGUUUCAGCAUUUCCUGCAUGAUAGUUUCUGUGCCGGAGGUUCUAUGAUUUUCUUUGUUGAUUUUUAUCUUCUCAGCUUAAAACCCAAUACAUACCGGUGUUUGAGGUUUCGUACCCGUAGCGAAAGUUGACAAAUGGUUAGGAGCAUUCAAAGUACAAACGUUUCAUUUUAAAUUAAGAAACGUGAUAAUUUUGUGUACAAGACAAAGAAGUUAUUUUAAUGAAAUUUAAUUUGCAAUUGUCUUUGAUUAAUCGACGUGUGUUUGUUUUGUAUUGUUUUUGUUUGUUUAAUGCACGCCUAACCGGCAUGCUGUAAUUAGCAGUGCAUGUCUGAUACAGAUGUGACAUUGAAUUGAAACGCGGAAUUUAAUUACUCCUGGUUUGUUGGGGACGUCAGUAAGUUGUAUAUGCAGUCUUGAACAUGCAGUGAAUCAUGAACAGUUAUGAUAAGUGCUCAAGAAAAAUGAUUGCCUUGUUGAAUGAGUGAAUUAAUAUAAUAUUCAGUAUAUACGAAUUGUUAUUACACUUUUAUUUUGGCAAAACAACAUGUAUAUCUUAGAAAAUAGUAGCCAAUUCGACGGUUAAGUUACAACUCAUACUAGAUGGACAUUGUCUUCACGAUCAGUGAUCGUUGCCUUCGAGUUUGUAAAUUAAAAACAAAUAAAAUGUCAUAAACAGUCAUGAAUGUCAUUAUAUGUCAUAAAAAAUGUAGAAGUCAGUUGGAGUAGACUAUGAAAUAUAAAAUUAA